AACCCUCCCUUAAACGUGUUAACGUUGUACGCAUGCGCGACACGGAUUAAAGUCCCAACCUAGCUAUCUCUCAGCGUUUACAAUAGUUCUGCGAAUAAAUAUCUCAGUGUACAGUAUUUCGUUGUUAACCUAACCAUUCAUUUAGAUACAGAGAUAUAUAGAAUAAAUAAUUAUUUUAAGGAAAAGUCUUACCGGAAAGAGUUAGGGUUAAAAUAUGUACCUAGCUAGUUAGCUUAGCACCAGAGACCCAGCUAUGUAGAAGACAACAAGCUAAACGCUGUCAGGACCUUCAUGUGAUUCAGCUGCUUGGUUUUUAAUCAGAAACAACGUUCAGUAAGAGGUGCUUGAGACAUAUUACAGUUUCUUGACAGGAGCAUUUUAUUGAGAAUGAAUUAGACUGAUCAUUUGCAUGCACAUCAUCAGAAGUUGAUCUGAUCCACAGGACCACAUGGCAUCAGAAGAAAUGGAGGGCAUGUGCCCUCUGCCGGAGAUGACGACCAUCAAAGUGGAGCCUGCUGUCAAUAUUGGCACGGUGGAGGAUGCCAGCUCCCAGAAUGUGGCCAUGGGCCCCAAAUUUAUCUUGCCAAACCGCUUUGACAUGAACGUGUGCUCACGCUUUGUGAAGUCUCUGAAUGAGGAAGACAGUAAGAACAUCCAAGACCAGGUGAACUCUGACCUAGAGGUAGCAUCAGUCUUGUUUAAAGCGGAAUGCAACAUUCAGACCUCACCGUCUCCUGGGAUCCAGGUUAGACACGUAUACACACCUUCAACCACCAAGCACUUCUCACCGAUCAAGCAGUCGACCACACUUACCAAUAAGCACCGUGGCAACGAGGUCUCGUCCACUCCGCUGCUUGUUCACUCUCUGUCCAUUCACCAGCUUGCAGCACAGGGAGAAAUGAUCUACUUAGCCAGCCGAAUAGAACAAGAGGCAGCAAUAAACCUGCAGGAUGAAGAGGGCUUCACACCGUUAAUGUGGGCUGCAGCUCAUGGUCAGAUCGCUGUGGUGGAGUUUCUGCUCCAGAGUGGUGCAGACCCCCACAUUUUGGCUAAAGGAAGAGAAAGUGCAUUAUCAUUGGCGUGCAGUAAAGGGUACACAGACAUCGUUAGAAUGCUCAUUGACUGUGGUGUGAAUGUUAACGAAUAUGACUGGAAUGGAGGAGCUCCUAUACUGUACGCGGUGCACGGGAACCAUGUCCGCUGUGUGGAGCUACUUUUGGAGAACGGAGCUGACCCAACCAUGGAGUCUGACUCUGGCUUCAAUGCUAUGGACAUGGCAGUAGCAAUGGGCCACAGACAUGUUCAGCAGGUGAUGGAAGCACAUUUACUGAAGCUGCUACAAGGAAUCAAAGAGUGACUGCAACUAGUGAAUACAACCUGCAUGUGAAAAAGGGCACAAAAGAAGACUGAAGAUUAUGCUGUGGAGAUCAGUUAGAGGAAACCAAUGAACUUUGUGCAUGUUUACAUUAGUUGGAAGUUACUGAAGCUAAUUUCAUCUCUCAUUUCUCUCUUUUUUAAGCUACAUGUUUAAGUGUGAUGUGUACUGUGGAUAUUUAUUCAGUGUUUUGGUCACUGUGUGUGUGUGUGUGUGUGUGUGUGUGUCUGUGUGAUCUCUAUCAAGGUUUUCCAAUGAAAUAGCUGUUCUACAAUAAAACUGGACAGAGAAUUGUA